AUGAACCACAUAGAGGCAGUCAUCCUUACUGCCGGCAUAGGUAUAUUCGUUGCUGAUUUCCUGCGAAACAUUAAUUGUGUUCAUAAAUCCAUCGACUUGUGCAACGAAUGUUUAAUCGUUGUAAAGAGUAACUCACAGACAAGACAAGACCGCCCAAUCUACCGCAGAAUCUUAACCACCAUUUUCCUGGGGUAUCGUCUUCUGGCUGAUUACAUAAAUGCAGAAACGUAUGCCAGAAAACUGAUUACCUUACACCGUGAAAUUGGGGACACAGUCAACGAGGGAAAUAUGUACGCAGCCUUAGCAGAGAUAAGACGGAGUCAGAAAAGGUUUCAAGAAGCAAAAAGACUAUAUGAUAAUGCUAUUGAUAUCGCAUUACAAGCUGGUGAAAAGGAAAGACAAGCAGAUCUUUUUCGAAAAAUGGGAAAGAUGUCUUGGAACCUUUGUGAAUAUGGUAAAGCUAAGGAAUAUUUUGAUAGAGCACUAGCAAUCUACGUAGAAAUUGGUGACAGAGCAGGAGAAGCUAUAUUGUUGGGAAACCUUGGAAUUUUUAAUCGCUCACUUGGUAAAUUUGGUAAGGCCAAAGAGUAUCACGAAAAGGCACUUAUGAUAGGAACCGAAAUCGGCGACAAAGCCGAAGAAGCAUCAUCGUGCACUAACCUGGGGAUUGUGUUUAGCUUACUUGGCGAAAACGUCAAAGCCAAAGAAUUGAUCGAAAAAUCCAUAACAAUGAAAAUAGAAAUUGGCGAUAGAGCUGGACUGGCAACAUCGUACGGACACCUAGGAAUAGUACUUAGCUCGCUUGGUGCACGAGAAAAGGCCUUGAAAUGUCACGAAAAAGCACUUGAAAUAGAAAUUGAAAUGGGAUACAAAGCAGAAGCAUUUUCUUACGAAAACCUUGGAAUCGUGUUGAGCCAGCUUGGAGAAUAUUCAAAGGCUAAAGAAUAUCUCAAGAAAGCAACUGUGAUGAGAAUUGAAAUUGGCGACAGAGACGGAGAAGCAACUGAUUACUUAAUCUUAAGCGAUCUCUUUCGCUCCCUCGGUAAAUUCUCAAAGGCUACAAAAUAUCUUAAAAGAGCACUUGCAAUCAAAAUUGAAAUCGGUAACAAAGCAGAAGAAGCCAUGUGUUAUGGAAACCUUGGAAUAUUGUUUAGCUCCCUUGGCGAAUACGUCAAAGCCCAAGAAUACCACGAAAAAGCACUUGCGAUUAGAAGCAGAAUUGGCGACAGUGUAGGCGAAGCAACAGAUUAUGGUAGCCUCGGGGUUUUGUUUAGCCGUCGGGGUGAGUACAACAAAGCCAUAGAUUACCAUGAAAAAGCACUUGCGAUCAGCACGAAAACUGGCGACAGAGAAGGGCAAGCAGCAAAUUACGGAAACCUCGGAGAUAUAUUUAGUUUGCGUGGUGAGUACUUAAAGGCCAUAGGCUAUUUCGAGAAAGCACUGGAAAUCACCAUUGAAAUGGAGCAAAAAGCAAGAGCGGCAACGUUUUACGGAUACUUGGGGACUGUGUUUAAUUCCCUGGGUGAAUAUGUCAAGGCUAAAGAAUAUCUCGAGAAAGCUCUUGCAAUUAAAAUUGAAAUCGGCGACAGAGCAGGAGAAGCAACAGUAUAUAUGCUUCUAGGGAAAUUGUUUAGAAGCCAAGGUGGCUAUGUCAAGGCAAUAGACUAUCUCAAAAAGGCGUUGGCAAUAAAGGUUGAAGUUGGCGACAAAGAAGGAGAAGCAAAAUUCUACGAACAUCUUGGAACUGCAUUCAGCACAAUUGGUAAAUACAACAUGGCCAUAGAGUGUCACGAAGAAGCAAUUGCAAUCUGGAUCAAAAUUGGAAACAAAGCAGAAGAAGCUUCACCUUACAGAAAUCUAGGGAUAAUGUAUUCUGAGCGUUGUGAAUACGUCAAGGCAAUAGAGUUUCACGAGAAGUCACUUGAGAUCAGCACCAAAAUUGGUGACAAAACAGGAGAAGCAUCAUCGUACGGUAACCUGGGCACUACAUUUGAAGGGCUUGGUGAAUACGUCAAAGCUAAAGAAUAUUUUGAAAGAGCACUUGCGAUCAGAAUUCAAAUCGGCGACAGAUCAGGAGAAUCAGCAUCUUACGCAAAUCUAGCAACAGUAUACUAUUCUCUUGGUACAUACAUCAAGGCAAUGGAAUAUUUCGAAAAAGCGCUUGCUAUGAAAACUGAAUUCGGCGACAGAGCAGGAGAAGCAAAUUUAAAAGGAAGCGUAGGAACUGUAUUGGCCCUACUUGGUGACCACACGAGGGCCAAAAAAUGUUACGAAGAAGCACUUGCCAUCAGUGUUACAUUUGGGAUCAGAAGCAUAGAAGCCGGUCUUUACACCAACCUUGCAAAUUUACAUCGACUUCUCUGCAAUUACGGAGUUGCGGAAAUGUAUUAUGAGAAGGCAUUGCGUUUAGCCAAAGAUAUUGGCAUGGGUAAGACGGAGUUAGACGCUUUCCUUGGUCUUGCGAUUUCAAAGUUAUCACAGGGAGCCUUGCAAGAAGGCUAUUCCUAUCUCUUACACUGCAUUCAAAAAUUUGAAGAGUUGCGAAAUUUCCUCAGCGUCAAUGAUGCCUUUAAAACAUCAUUCCUAGAGAGGGCCGGUGUAUAUCCCUACGAGGUCCUGAGUUCAGUGCUUUCUUUUCGUGGAAAUCAUCGAGACGCUCUUUAUGUCGAGGAGCUUAGGCGAGCAAGAGGCCUAUCAGACUUAAUGGCAAAUCAAUAUUCUAUUGCACCAUACAUCACAGCCGACCCAAGAUCAUGGUUUGGAAUUGAAAACAUUUUAAAGAAGGAAUAA